AUGGACCACGACCGCGUCUCCCAGCCAGAGAUGAGGUCUUCAGACUAUCAUGAUCAGAACGGGCAGGCGUCCCCAUCGUCCGGUCCAGCAGCGUCAAGUACCGCCUGGGGGUCCAUUUCAUCCGACAGUGCCAGUGCCAAAUCAUCCCCAAAGACCGAUCAUCACCAGUCCGAGGAAUAUUCCGACGAAGGCGAGAGUCUAGACAACGAUGAAAUCAAAAAGACAAUAUCCCGACGCAAAAGCCACGCUUCAGGUCACGAGGGCGAAGAGUGGGCGCAGAUUGAGCGGUUAAUCUCGCGAAUGUUUGGAUCAGAACGCAAGGCCAAUUCGGAUGAAGAAAAGACCAGACAUGCUGGCGUCGUUUGGAAAAACCUGACGGUGAAAGGCGUGGGACUCGGAGCAGCGCUCCAGCCCACCAACGGGGAUAUUUUCCUCGGCCUUCCCCGUCUCAUCAAAGGCCUUCUCACACGAGGACGAAAGGGGGCCAGUGGUGGAAAGUCGGAGGUGCGGACCAUCUUGGAUGACUUCUCGGGAGCGGUCAAUCCGGGAGAAAUGCUUCUUGUCCUCGGUCGUCCGGGCUCGGGGUGCUCAACCUUUCUCAAAGUUAUUGGCAAUCAGCGAUAUGGAUAUGAGAGCAUCGAGGGCGAUGUGCUGUAUGGUGGUACGGAUGCGAUCACCAUGGCCAAGAAGUAUCGGUCUGAAGUCUCAUACAACCCCGAAGAAGAUCUUCACUAUGCCACCUUAACUGUGAAGGAUACCUUACUGUUCGCACUCAAGUCGCGCACCCCAGACCAAAACUCGCGAAUCCCGGGCGAGAGCAGAAAGGAUUAUCAGCAGACCUUCCUCUCCGCUAUCGCUAAGCUCUUCUGGAUUGAGCAUGCCCUAGGCACCAAGGUGGGAAAUGAAUUGAUUCGGGGUGUUUCAGGAGGAGAGAAAAAACGAGUCUCCAUUGGCGAGGCCAUGGUCACAAAGGCCAGUACUCAAUGCUGGGACAAUUCUACCAAAGGCCUCGAUGCUAGUACCGCUCUAGAAUACGUCCAAAGUUUGAGGAGUCUGACCAACACGGCCAAUGUGUCUACCUUGGUCGCUCUGUACCAAGCCUCGGAGAACCUCUACAACCUCUUCGACAAGGUCAUCCUGAUCGAAGACGGGAAGUGUGCUUUUUUCGGCCGCACGGAGGACGCCAAAGCCUAUUUUGAGAAUCUAGGUUUCGAAUGUCCACCUCGAUGGACCACGCCGGACUUCUUGACCUCCGUCAGCGACCCGAACGCGAGAAAAGUCAAGGAAGGAUGGGAAGACCGGAUUCCACGCACGGCCGAAGAGUUCCGAUCCACCUACCGCCAGAGUGAAAUCCACCAGAAAAAUCUCCGGGAUAUCGAACACAAUGAGAAACAGAUUGCGGCAACCCGAGAGGAGCGAGAGGCCGCGCGGAAGACAGCUCCCGAGAAGAACUUUACUAUUCCAUUCUGGAAGCAGGUUGCCAUCCUCACGCAUCGUCAAUUCCUGGUCAUGUUCGGCGACACGGCCGCUUUGUUCGGCAAGUGGUUCGUUCUGAUCUUUCAAGCUCUUAUUGUUGGAAGUCUGUUCUACAAUCUCCCUGAUACAGCGGCGGGUGUCUUCACCAGAGGCGGUGUUUUGUUCUACAUUCUUUUGUUCAAUGCCCUUCUCGCUCUUGCGGAGUUGACGGCUACUUUUGAGAGUCGCCCAGUACUGUUGAAGCAUAAGAGUUUUUCGUUCUAUCGACCUUCGGCUUAUGCUUUGGCUCAAGUGGUCGUGGACGUUCCGCUGGUAUUUAUCCAAGUGGUGCUCUUUGAUCUCAUAGUAUACUUCAUGUCAAAUCUCGCCCGGACCCCUUCUCAAUUCUUCAUCAAUCUCUUUGUCAUCUUCUUGUUGACGAUGACCAUGUACUCAUUCUUCCGUGCAUGUGGAGCGCUUUGUUCUUCAUUGGACGUCGCUACACGUCUGACGGGAGUCGCCAUACAGGCAUUGAUCGUUUAUACAGGAUACUUGAUUCCACCAUGGAAAAUGCACCCAUGGCUGAAAUGGCUUAUAUGGAUCAAUCCCGUCCAAUAUGCCUUCGAAGCCUUGAUGGCCAACGAAUUCUAUAAUCUGCAGAUUCAAUGCGUUCCACCUUACAUUGUUCCCUCGGGUCCGAAUGUUUCACCUGAACAUCAGACAUGUGCGAUCCAGGGCAGUACGCCGGGUAGCUUGAUUGUCCAAGGCGCCAACUACAUCCAGACUGCUUUCACCUACACCCGAUCUCACCUGUGGCGUAAUGUCGGAAUUAUCAUCGCAUGGUUCAUUUUCUUUGUCGCCUUGACGAUGCUUGGAAUGGAACUUCAAAAGCCCAAUGGAGGUGGAAGCUCUGUGACUGUUUUCAAGAGAGGCGAGGAGCCACAAGGGGUAAAAGACGCUAUUGAUGGCAAGAAAUCCAGUGCAGACCUCGAGUCGGCAGAGAAGAAUGGUCCGUCUCCCGAGGAGCAGCGAGAGGAGAGCGGAGAAACUCCCCAAAAUAUCGCGAAGAACACCGCUGUCUUCACCUGGCAAAAUGUGAACUACACCAUUCCCUACAAGGGUGGGGAACGCAAAUUGCUUCAAAAUGUCAGUGGGUCUGUGAAACCUGGUCGACUUACGGCUUUGAUGGGUGCAUCGGGUGCUGGAAAAACUACACUGCUCAAUGUGUUGGCUCAGCGCAUAAACUUUGGUGUCAUUACCGGAGACUUUUUGGUCGAUGGAAAACCUCUGCCCAAGAGCUUCCAAAGAGCCACUGGGUUUGCUGAGCAGUCAGAUAUCCAUGAGCCGACUGCCACCGUGCGCGAAUCCCUUCGCUUCUCUGCUUUGCUGCGACAGCCCAAGGAAGUUCCUAUUCAGGAGAAGUAUGACUACUGUGAGAAGAUCAUUGAUCUACUUGAGAUGCGCUCAAUCGCAGGUGCUACUGUGGGCACGGCGGGUUCCGGCUUAAACCAAGAGCAGCGAAAACGUCUUACGAUCGCAGUGGAGCUGGCCAGUAAGCCGGAGCUGCUGCUCUUCCUCGAUGAGCCUACGUCUGGUCUGGACUCAUUGGCAGCGUUCAACAUUGUUCGUUUCCUGCGCCGGUUGGCCGAUGCGGGCCAGGCCGUUUUCUGUACCAUUCAUCAGCCCUCGGCAGUUCUUUUCGAGCAGUUUGAUGAUCUCCUGCUGCUGAAGAGCGGAGGGCGUGUGGUGUACAACGGUGCCCUUGGCUCCGACUCCAGGACUUUGAUCGACUAUUUUGAGCGCAACGGCGGCAAAAAAUGCUCACCAAGUGCUAACCCCGCUGAGUACAUGCUCGAGGUUAUUGGCGCAGGUAACCCCGACUACAAGGGACAAGACUGGGCAGAUGUUUGGGAAAGUUCAACGGAGGCGAAGCAGCUGUCUGAAGACCUUGAGAAGACCGUGUCUUCUCGACGGAACCAGGGACAAGGUGACGUGGUGAAAGACGAUCGCGAGUUUGCUAUGCCUCUUCACGUGCAAAUCUAUGCCGUCACAAAGCGGGCUUUUGUGGCGUACUGGCGAUCUCCGGACUACAUUCUCGGAAAAAUGCUGUUGCACAUCUUCACCGGUCUCUUCAACACGUUCACCUUUUGGCACUUGGGCAAUGGCUCCAUUGACAUGCAGUCGAGACUGUUCUCGAUUUUCAUGACAUUGACCAUCUCACCACCUUUGAUUCAGCAACUGCAACCCAAAUUCCUGCAUUUCCGCGGAAUCUAUGAGUCUCGGGAGUCCAAUUCUAAGAUUUAUUCUUGGGUCGCCUUUGUUGUCAGCACCAUCAUCCCUGAGUUACCCUACUCCAUUGUUGCUGGCUCCAUUUAUUUCAACUGCUGGUACUGGGGUAUUUGGUUCCCACGGGACUCAUUCUCCUCUGGUUACACUUGGAUGAUGCUGAUGCUGUUCGAGUGCUUCUACGUCGGAUUUGGGCAGUUUAUCGCUGCAUUCUCCCCGAACGAGCUUUUUGCCUCGCUGCUUGUGCCUUCCUUCUUCACCUUUGUUGUGUCCUUCUGCGGUGUCGUCGUGCCAUAUGCGCAGCUUCCUCACUUCUGGCAGUCGUGGAUGUACUGGCUCACACCCUUUACGUAUCUGGUGGAAGGUCUUCUCUCUGUUCUUGUGCACAAUGUCCCCAUUGUCUGUCUUGAUCGGGAAGAGGCAUACUUCAGCGCACCGGCUGGUGAAACUUGUCAGUCGUAUGCCGGGGCAUUCGCACAACAAGCUGGUGGUACCAUUCGCAAUGCCGCCAAUGGACUUUGCGGAUACUGUCAAUAUGCAACGGGUGACCAAUUUGCUAAAAGCUUCAACAUCUCCUAUUCUCACAAGUGGAGAGAUUAUGGUAUCUUCUGGGCGUUUGUCAUCUUCAACUUCGCAUUGGUAUUUGUCUUCUCGUGGAUUUAUCUCCAUGGGGUUCAAGAUGUGAAGAAAUGGGUGGGCCAACGAAAGUCCCAAAAGGCAAAGACGAAGAAGAAUGACCGCCAGAAGAACCUGGACAACCACGAGCAGUCUUAG